AUGGACUCUCGGGAGGCACAGGAGUACCUGAAUGGGAAACGCCGCGUGCGCAAGUCGCUUUACUUGCAGCCAAAUGUCCGUGCGUUUUGCCACAAGAUUCAGUCGAUGAAGGAAGGGGACAAGCAGGAUGGGUGA